AUGGCGGCGGCUGCUGCCGGCUCCGUCCCCGGGAGGAGGACGCUCUGUCCCCGGGAUACGAGCCGCAGGACCCGGGACCUGUGUGACCGGGAUCCGGGCCGCAGGACCCGGGACCUGUGUGACCGGGAUCCGGGCCGCAGGACCCGGGACCUGUCCCGCCGGAGACACGCCGCCCUCCUGUUCCUCAGCAACAUCUCGCUGGACGGCCGGCCGGUCCUCAGUCUCCCGCUGGAGGACGGGGACAGCCGCCAGGGGGAGCCGGACCCGGAGCUGUGUCCGGAGCCCGGGACCGGGACCAGCUGCCGACCGGUCCCCGGCUUGCUGCUGUCCCUGAGCUGCGGCAGCGUCGCCCCGAGGACCGGGGUCCUGCCGGUCCUGGUGCUGCCGGAGCCCGGGCUGGACGAGCCGGGGACCGGGGAGCUGCUGCUGGACUGCCGCCGGGGCUCCGUCCCGUCCCCGGGGGACAGACACCUGCUGUCCCCGUCCCCGUCCCACGCCAGCCUGCUGCCGUCCCCGCUGGGACCCAGGAAGUCCUCCACCCUGCUGUCGGUCCAGAGCUGCAACUCGGUGUCCUCGGAGCCGAGACAGAGGACUCGUCAGCUCUCUGGAGGUUCUCCACGACCUCGACUCACCAAGAAGACGCACUUCAUCAAGAACAUGAAGCAGUACGACACCAGAGGCAGCAGGAUCGUGCUGAUCUGUGCUAAGAGGUCUCUGUGCGCUGCCUUCUCUGUGCUUCCCUACGGAGAGAGCUUCUACCUCAGUGACCCGACAUUAAACCACCCGAGCAGGAGACACUCGUCUGGAAACAUCUCCAACACCCUGGAGAUGCUGCCGGGACUCGAGGGCUUCCAGCUGGAGACGUACGGACGGUCCGUGUCCUACGCCCAGUUCCUUCACUCCACUAACGCUCUGGUGAGGCAGACGCCGGCGUGCGACCUGACGCUGCAGAUCCCCGUGUCCAGGAGCUCGCUCAGCAUGACGGGUCGGGGGGGGGGGCCUCCCAGCCGGCUGAACAGCUCCGUGGGCCUGGACCUGGGUCUGGACGAGGUCACUGACUACGACCCGAACCUCCUCAGCGACCACCAGUGGCCUUGUGGGAAACACAAGCGGGUGCUGAUCUUUGCCUCCUACAUGACCACAGUUAUUGAAUAUGUGAAACCGUCGGACCUGAAGAAAGACAUGAACGAGACCUUCAGGGAGAAGUUCCCUCACAUUAAACUCACUCUCAGUAAAAUACGCAGUCUGAAGCGGGAGAUGCGAGUCGGGGGGGAGGACUGCGGCCUGCAGCCCGUCACCGUCGCCAUGGCGUUCGUCUACUUUGAGAAGCUGGUGCUGCAGGGUCGACUCAACAAGCAGAACCGGAAGCUGGUGUCAGCUGCCUGCAUCCUCCUGGCUGCCAAGAUCAGCAGUGACCUGAAGAAACAGGAAGUCAAACACCUCAUAGAUAAGCUGGAGGAGCGCUUCAGGAUCAGCAGGAGGGAGCUGAUCUUCUUUGAGUUCACCAUCCUGGUUGCCAUGGAGAUGGCGCUCUACCUGCCUGAGAGCAAAGUGCUGCCACAUUACCGCCGCCUGGUGCAGCAGCAGCUGUAGCAGCGCCUGGCCCCUCCCCUUUCCACGCUGUCACAUGAUCCUCACGCUGCCUGGUGCAGCAGCAGCUGUAGCUGUAGCAGCGCCUGGCCCCUCCCCUUUCCACGCUGUCACAUCAUCCUCACGCCGCCUGGUGCAGCAGCAGCAGCAGCUGUAGCAGCGCCUGGCCCCUCCCCUUUCCACACUGUCACAGAUCCUCACGCUGCCUGGCUCAACGGCUCGGAGGAAGCCCUCUCUGCUCAGGACCAGGACUCUGGGUGGGACAGCAGGUCAGUGAUGCCUGGGUCAGAGGUCAGGAGGGCAGCAUCACUUCCUCUCCUCCUUCAGACGCCAAAGUGACGUCACACUGUGAGCGUGAACUUCACCACUCGUGGAUUUCAUGGUUUGUCCUUUCUGUGAGUUUCAGGUUCAGAACAAACUUCAGCUGCUCAGAUUCAGUCCAGGAAACUGAAACUGACUGAAACUGAAACUGUUUUAGUUCAGUGCGUUAAUCUAACUUCAGAUUAUCAUCGGAACACUUUUAUUAAAGAAGCAUGAAGUCACUUCAGAGUGAAUAACCAGAACGACUGUGAAGAACAGCUCUGAUCAAAUGAGAUUUAAUGUGACUCACACAUGUGGCAAUAACAUGUUAUGCAAAAUAUCUUUUCACUUUGUCACUGCAGAGAAAAAUCUAAUUAAGAUUGAAGUGUGUUGCACUUAUUCAACUUUACAUCAAACUAAAUCUAUCUUCUGCUCUGUUCUUUCACUCGUUCCUCUCGUAUCUUCGGCUCUGUGCUUUCACUCGUUCCUCUCGUAUCUUUGGUUCUGUGCUUUCACUCUAACUCUCGUAUCUUCGGCUCUGUGCUUGCACUCGUUCCUCUCGUAUCUUCAGCUCUGUGCUUGCACUCUAACCCUCGUAUCUUCAGCUCUGUGCUUGCACUCGUUCCUCUCGUAUCUUCUGCUCUGUGCUUGCACUCGUUCCUCUCGUAUCUUCGGCUCUGUGCUUACACUCGUUCCUCUCGUAUCUUCGGCUCUGUGCUUUCACUCGUUCCUCUCGUAUCUUCGGCUCUGUGCUUACACUCGUUCCUCUCGUAUCUUCGGCUCUGUGCUUUCACUCGUUCCUCUCGUAUCUUCGGCUCUGUGCUUGCACUCGUUCCUCUCGUAUCUUCGGCUCUGUGCUUGCACUCGUUCCUCUCGUAUCUUCAGCUCUGUGCUUGCACUCUAACCCUCGUAUCUUCGGCUCUGUGCUUGCACUCGUUCCUCUCGUAUCUUCGGCUCUGUGCUUGCACUCUAACCCUCGUAUCUUCGGCUCUGUGCUUGCACUCGUUCCUCUCGUAUCUUCGGCUCUGUGUUUGCACUCGUUCCUCUCGUAUCAUCGGCUCUGUGCUUUCACUCUAACUCUCGUAUCUUCGGCUCUGUGCUUGCACUCGUUCCUCUCGUAUCUUCGGCUCUGUGCUUUCACUCGUUCUUCUCGUUUCUUCGGCUCUGUGCUUUCACUCGUUCCUCUCGUAUCUUCGGCUCUGUGCUUUCACUCGUUCUUCUCGUAUCUUUAUUUACAGCAAAACUCAGCUGUGACGUUUCAUUUUAUCAGGAGCUGAUUUUUUCACUGUACAUGAUGUAAUUUAUAAAAUACAGAGUUAGUAUCAGCUGAUACAUAAAAAGACAGUGGAUUAAUUUAAGAAUAUUCUUUGAUAAUAAAUUUAAUAUUUUUGUAUUUUAUGCUUCAGGCUGGAAAUGGUUUGAAUAUAUUGACUUGGUCAUUAUCUUCAGACGUUUCCAGACGAAGUAUUCACUGAGUGAAGAAAACAUCGGAUCAAUGAUAAAAACGCAUGAUUCUUUAUUUUGUGCAACAGAUUUCAAACAUGGCUCUAAAACUGUUAAAAUACAAAUAACGAUGGAAUAUUACGAAGUUUCCAUCAGUGAAUCAAAACGUAAGAGUUCAGGUGGAAAUACAAGAAAAUCCGUUCUGCUGCUUUUUUCUGUUCCACGAUGAACA